AUGGACGUCAAGGAGCUGCCGUCCGGGCCGAUCGUCCUGGCCGUCGACAUACCCGGGGUCAGCCUCUCCGACGUCGAGGUCCAAGUGGAGGAGGGCAACGUGCUUGCCAUCAGCGGCAAGCGGAAGUGCCCCUCCAAGGACGGCGGACCUAUCGGCCAGCAGAUAGCCGAUAGGCGUAUCGGCCCAAUAUGGCGACACAGACACAAGCUACUACUCAACUAA